GUGCUAGCUCCGGGGGCGGGUCAGUAGCGGGAGUGAGGGCCGCACGGACGCCGGUGCGCUUGGCCCCGCAGCUCGGUCUCCGGGGUGUUCUCAUGCCUUAGAGGUGGGCUGGGACCAGUUUCCGGGAGUGGGAGCCGCCGUCUUUGGCAGGACACAAUGGCAGCCACAGUCCGAAGGCAGAGGCCGAGGAGGAUAGCCUGUUGGGCCUUGAUGACUGUGCUCUUGGCAGACCUGUUGGCAUUGAGUGACACACUGGCAGUGAUGUCUGUGGACCUGGGCAGCGAGUCUAUGAAGGUGGCCAUCGUCAAACCUGGAGUACCCAUGGAGAUUGUCUUGAACAAGGAGUCCCGGAGGAAAACCCCAGUGACUGUGACCCUGAAAGAAAAUGAACGGUUCUUUGGCGACAGUGCGGCCAGCAUGGCCAUCAAGAACCCAAAAGCAACGCUGCGUUACUUCCAGUACCUCCUGGGGAAGCAGGAGAAUAACCCCCAUGUAGCCCUGUACAAAGCUCGUUUCCCCGAGCAUGAGCUGGGCUUUGACCCGCAGAGGCGGACUGUGUACUUCCAAAUCAGCCCGCAGCUGCAGUUCUCGCCGGAGGAGGUCCUCAGCAUGCUUCUCAACUACUCCCGGUCUCUGGCUGAAGAUUUUGCAGAGCAGCCCAUCAAGGAUGCAGUGAUCACUGUGCCAGCCUUCUUCAAUCAGGCUGAGCGCCGAGCCGUGCUGCAGGCUGCGCGAAUGGCUGGCCUCAAGGUGCUGCAGCUCAUCAAUGACAACACCGCCACUGCCCUCAGCUACGGUGUCUUCCGCAGGAAAGAUAUCAACAGCACUGCCCAGAAUAUCAUGUUCUAUGACAUGGGCUCAGGCAGCACUGUGUGCACCAUCGUGACCUACCAGACAGUGAAGACUAAGGAUGCGGGGAUGCAGCCACAGCUGCAGAUCCGGGGCGUGGGGUUUGACCGUACCCUGGGGGGCCUGGAGAUGGAGCUCCGCCUGCGUGAGCACCUGGCUGGGCUUUUCAACGAGCAGCGCAAGGGUCAGAGAGCAAACGACGUGCGAGAGAACCCUCGUGCCAUGGCCAAGCUGCUGCGUGAGGCCAAUCGACUGAAGACCGUUCUGAGCGCCAAUGCUGACCACGUGGCCCAGAUCGAGGGCCUGAUGGAUGAUGUGGAUUUCAAGGCAAAGGUGACUCGAGCCGAGUUUGAAGAGUUGUGUGCAGACUUGUUUGAGCGGGUCCCUGGGCCCGUGCAGCAAGCGCUGCAGAGUGCAGAGAUGAAACUGGAUGAGAUUGAGCAGGUGAUCCUGGUGGGCGGGGCCACUCGCGUCCCCAAAGUGCAGGAGGUGCUGCUGAAGGCUGUGGGCAAGGAAGAGCUGGGGAAGAACAUCAAUGCCGAUGAAGCCGCCGCCAUGGGGGCUGUGUACCAGGCGGCCGCGCUCAGUAAAGCCUUCAAGGUGAAGCCUUUUGUCGUCCGAGAUGCGGUGAUCUACCCCAUCCUGGUGGAGUUCACGAGGGAGGUGGAGGAGGAGACUGGGGUCCGCAGCCUGAAGCACAAUAAGCGCGUCCUCUUCUCUCGCAUGGGACCCUACCCUCAGCGCAAAGUCAUUACCUUUAACCGCUACAGCCAUGACUUCAACUUCCACAUCAACUACGGUGACCUGGGCUUCCUGGGGCCUGAGGAUCUUCGGGUAUUUGGCUCCCAGAAUCUGACCACAGUGAAGCUAAAAGGUGUGGGCGAGAGCUUUAAGAAGUAUCCCGACUACGAGUCUAAGGGCAUCAAGGCUCACUUCAACCUGGACGAGAGCGGCGUGCUCAGCCUGGACAGGGUGGAGUCUGUGUUUGAGACGUUGGUGGAGGACAGCCCAGAAGAGGAAUCUACUCUGACCAAACUUGGCAACACCAUCUCCAGCCUGUUUGGAGGUGGCAGCACACCAGAUACUAAAGAAAAUGGUACUGACACAGUCCAGGAGGAGGAGGAAGGGCCUGUUGAGGGGAGCAAGGACGAGCCUGGAGAGCAAGCGGAGCUCAAGGAGGAAGCUGAGGCCCCAGCGGAGGACACCUCUUCGCCCCCACCCCCUGAGGCUAAGGGGGCUGCAGCGCCUGAGGGAGAAAAGGCCACAGAGAAAGAUGGCGGGGACAAGCCCGAGGCCCAGAAGCCAAGUGAGAAAGGGGAGGCGGGGUCUGAGGGUGCCCCUCCAGCCCCGGAGGAAGAAAAGAAGCAGAAACCAGCCCGGAAGCAGAGGAUGGUGGAUGAGAUCGGGGUGGAGCUGGUCGUCCUGGACCUGCCUGACUUGCCUGAGGACCAGCUGGCCCGCUCGGCCCAGAAACUCCAGGACCUGACACUCCGGGACCUGCAGAAGCAGGAACGGGAGAAAGCAGCCAACAGUUUGGAAGCCUUCAUCUUUGAGACCCAGGACAAGCUGUACCAGCCUGAGUACCAGGAAGUGUCAACCGAGGAGCAGCGUGAGGACAUCUCUGGGAAGCUCAGUGCCACGUCCACUUGGCUGGAGGAUGAGGGCUUUGGGGCCACCACAGCGAUGUUGAAGGAGAAGCUGGCUGAGCUACGGAAGCUGUGCCACGGGCUGUUUUUUCGAGUGGAAGAGCGCAAGAAGUGGCCCGAACGGCUGUCUGCCCUGGAUAAUCUCCUCAAUCAUUCCAGCAUGUUCCUCAAAGGGGCCCGGCUCAUCCCAGAGAUGGACCAGAUCUUCACUGAAGUGGAGAUGACAACAUUAGAGAAAAUCAUCAAUGAGACCUGGGCCUGGAAGAACGCAACCGUGGCCGAGCAGGCCAAGCUUUCCGCCACAGAGAAGCCCGUGUUGCUCUCGAAAGACAUCGAGGCCAAGAUGGCGGCCCUGGACCGCGAGGUGCAGUAUCUGCUCAAUAAGGCCAAGUUCGCCAAGCCCCGGCCCCGGCCCCGGGACAAGAACGGGACCCGGGCAGAGGCUCCCCUCAAUGCCAGUGCCAGUGACCAGAGUGAGAAGGUCAUCCCUCCCCCAGGCCAGACUGAAGACACGAAGCCCAUCCCAGAACCUGAGAAGGAGACUGCAGGACCUGAAGCAGCAGACUCUGAGCCUCUGGAGUUAGGGGGUCCCGCAGCAGAAGCUGAACAGAAGGAACACUCGGAACAGCCAACAGGACAGAAGGGAACUUUGAAGAAUGAUGAACUAUAACCUCCCAGUUCCCCACUCAUCCCUGCCCCCUUCUCUCACCACCUCUAUUUAUUAAACACCAAGGACUGGGGGAGGGUUGGUUCCCCAUCACCCCAGAGGCUUCAGUUCCUCUUCUCUCACCUGCGACUGGAGGUGCGGAGAAGGGGAUGGAAGGGACGGCUUACUGGUUCCUUCUGGAAUAGUUCUGUGGUUCAAAUCGAAAUCGUUCUGUUCCCCAGCCCCACCCACUGGUUCCCUACCCAUCCAGGUCCUAGUUUGGGAAAAAUCACUAUUAUGUCUUAAUUCUUCGCCUGCGGGUAGGUGAGAGCGUGGCCAUCAGUGGUUGGCUGACAGGCCUGCUAGUGGGAAGGGUGUCCUGGGUGGUUAGAGGGUCUCCAGGCUUUUCUGGUUGUCCUUCCCUCCCUUUUCCACCACAAGAUCUAUGCCACACAGGCCAGUGUCUGAAAAACCUUGCUUUUCCGGUUUGGUUUCUGAGCUACUGUCUGUACUUUUGCCUCCUCCAAGGUUUUUUCCCCUAAAAAUCCCCACUCCCAUGCCUCCCUACUGUGGGUCUCCUUGCCUUCCUCUUGCAAGUUGGACAGUCCUCUGCCUCUUGGCCAGAGCCCAUCCAUCUGGACUGCCUAAGUCACUCAAGGUCGACCCCCACCCACACGUACAACCCGAGUGGCCAGAGUAGGCAGGGAGAAAGUGAAGAAGAGAAUCCAGCCGCCUCUCGAGGGAGUGAGAUGUGUAAGAGCGCUGUAGCUCCCCAGCCUGUGGACUCUGGGCCAGGAAGGGCGUGUGAGUGGCUGGCGCAGGGUGCCAGCACUCUGCAAGCGGCUGUUGGAAUCUGCAUCUUCGGUAGCCUGGUACUCCAUGGCCCUCAGACUUCUGCCCCCCUUCUCUCCCUGUUGUUCUGCCCUCUCAGAGCCUUUCCCUCACCCCCUGGCCCCCUGGGCUGACCAAAAUGUGCUUUCUACUGUGAGCCCCUUGUCCCAAGACCCUGGGGGCAGGAGAGUGGCAUGAAUGUAGAACUGCCGUCUCACUCUCUUGAAGGCAGGCCUUGUGGGCAAAGGAGGGUACAGGCUGGCCUUUCUGUAGUACAUUGGUCUGCUGGGAUGGGGGCCCUUUACCCACCACAUGGAUGUCGGGCAGCCUACCUGCCAGGGUUCCAUCUGUAGCAGGAGCCAGGGCUGCCACCCCCACUCCCAGGGCAUGGGGGAGCCUGGUUGUAUCUGUCUCGUCUUUUUUUUCUUUUUCUCUCUUUUUUUUUUUUUUUUUGCCACAUUGGCAGAAAUGUGCCCUAAGGGUCCUAUCCUGUCCUUUAUGUUUGAAUUGUUUCACUAGCAGUUGAGGCUGGUUGGACAGAUUUGAGUCAAAUUGUACUUUGCUCCAUUGUUAAUUGAGAAACUGUUUCAAUAAAAUAUUC